GCAUUGCGAGGCUGCGCGGCUGCGUGUCACCAUGGCGACCGGCACCGCGCUCCUGACUCACACAUGAGCGCGCACAGGACGUCACUGGCGGGUUAAUGCUGCUCACCGCGUCCGCUUUGCCGCAAUCAAGCCGCCGCCUGGACGCCCACUAAAAGUGAGGUCCGGCGUUUGGCGGGAGGAUGGCGGCGCGUCGCGGCUGCGUCAACUCGCUCUGGUCGGGGAGCGAGCGUGUCCGCAUCGGGGAGCGCCUCAAAGCCACGCUGGCCGGCGUGCUGGAGCUGGAGCUGCUGCGGUGCCAACAACUGCAGCUGGUGGACGCGGCUCUGGCGGACGCAGCCGCCCAGCCGGAGGCGGAGCCGGAGCUAGAAGUGGGGGCGAGAGGAACCCCGGGGAGCGGAGUCGAGGACGCCGAGCGGAGCGCUGCGACCCCCGGCAGGCAACAGGCCCCUUCCCCCUCAGAUAUAAUACGCUGUCAGAAUAACCCGGACACCAACGCAGACGGGACGGGACGUACUUCGGUAGGCAGUGGAAGUAACUCCCGCUGGUCCACCCUAUCCUGGGACGCCCCCUCGGAUCUGCUGUCACCCCCGACGCCCGACACGGGUGCUUUAGCCCACCUAGACAGUGACUCCAGACCUAGCUCAGGGUUCUAUUCUGUGAGUGGCAGCUCGCUGUCCGACUCCUGCUACUCCGUGUCCAGUGAGGCUGCCCCUGCAGUCAGACCCCUGAAGCUGUGGGACCAGGUCCCCAGUUCCACUGACAACACUGACAUUUUGUGGUCAGACUGUGCGGUGCAGCAGCCCGUACUCCACCAUCCACACAAGGAAUCUGAGCCAACAGGAGAGUCGGCAGUUUCAGUUUCAAGUGACCCUGAGGUGUCUGGUCUCAGUUUUUUGUUCAACCUCUGCUCAGGCCUCAACUACCCCUUGAUUUCUUACCUCCUAAAACUCGACCGUGUCUCCCAUGUGCAAAAACCACAGUUGGAACCAUGUUACUGUGAAGACCUCGUGUCCCAUAGGACAAAAGAGGUGUACCCAUACCCCAGUCCAUUACACGCAGUCGCCCUCCAGAGUCCCCUCUUCACCGCUCACACUCAAGAGCCCCCAGCUUCUCCUAACCCUGAAGGGAACCAGUUGCACAAACCAACAGAGACGAUAAGUCAACAUGUCCAACGUUCGAAUCCCACUACCCAGUCCUCUCUGACACAGCUGGAGCAGUACAUCUUUAGGCUCGCUCACGAGUACCACCAUCGAAUAAACCUCUCCAUACCUGAUCUCGCCUCAAAUGCUACCCCAUGUUCAUUCGCGCACAGAGGCUUUAGCACGCCUGGUAAAAGUCACGGUUCCACUCAGUCCCUGUCCGCCUUUGAGAGCCGCAAUACACCUUCUAAUGUAACACCUUGCAAAUCACUACUGGGUAACUCGGCUAGAGUUAGUCUCAGCACUGCAGGGAAAAAAGCCACUAGGAACUCAAUCAACCUGGGUAGCCUUCCCUCUGCGACUGGAGAUGAUCUAAAAAUCAACUUGCAUCUCAACCUAAACUUGAACCUCGCCCAUGGUUUGAACUCCAACACAGGGCUUGUGGACAAACCCAAAAAUGUCAAUGUGGGAGAUGACUCAGCAGCUUCAGUACCAACACAAGCCUCCUCCACACCCGGCCCAGCACUUAGAGCACGGCCCCGCAUUUCCACCUGUCCCAACUCUCUGAGCCAUCGCAGCUCCCUGGAGGUCACUUCGACUCCUGGAGCCACUUCUGGAUUCGGGUCAGCAGCCUUCUCUCGCUCCUUGGACUGGAGUGCAGGGCCUCUAUCUGAGGCUGGAACCUUAACAUUGGGCAACAGUUCUGGAUCUGGCCCAGGGUCUCAGCAUAGCAGCUUGAUGCAGGAGUCCAGCCCCAGUCCCAGACUAACUGAGGAGUCCCCUGUGGUGGAAGAGAUCUCACGUCUUUCUGGCCUGUCUAGGGCUGUGGUAAUCGGACUGAUGGAGCAAGGCGUAGAGCUGGACAUCGACUGCUUCCAGGCUGAUGCAGCCAAAGAGGUGAAGAAGCAUGGUCAAGGUCACCUGAAAGCCCACACAGAGCAACCACAUGACUAUAUACGACUGCCUGAGCUGAACCCUCAAAGACCAAUCCAGUUGUCUCUCAGCGUCACACAUUCGCCACAGUCCCAGUGCAGUGUCACCCCACCCCUAUCGCACUCCAGCAGCCCCAUUCACCCUUACCAUGCUCCCUCUCCACACUACUUCUCUCACAGCCACUACCAGCAGAUCCCCUCCCUGUCUGACCUCCCCUCCUCUACGGCGUCCUCUCCCGCCUCCCGCCCAACACAGAGAGCCCACUCUCCCCCACGUCCUCUCCAACCCUCUCCGUUGGGGGCUACCCCUCUCUCUGUGUUCCGAAGAGACGCCCCUUUUCAGUGUUCCCUGCCUCGUGCCACCAUCACAACGUCCCCUGUGGAGUACGCCGGCAUCCAUCCCAGGGGUGGAUCCCUUCGACACAGCGGGGGAGAAAGCGGGGCUACUGGGAGCUGGAAUAGGGUGGAGGGGGACGGGCUCUACAGAGGCAAGCAUGCGUCUCACAAGUUGAUAAGGGCAUCAACCGUGAGCAGCUACGCCAGGAGGGAGGAUUAUGACACUACUUGGGGUGAGGAGGUGACACAAUCAUGCAGAAAGCCUUCCAGCAAACUUAGCAGAGCCUUUGAGGGGCGUCUCUGGAGCAAAGACUCACAGAGUGAGAGGGAGGAGAUGGACAGGGCAGAGUAUGGCUAUGGCUGGACAAGGAACAUCGGCGGAAGCUGGAAGGGGGAACAGAGAAGGGUAAAGGUAAAACAAUCUCCUGUCUUCUCCAAGAAGAGGGUUAAGGAAGGUGUGGAGAAACGGAGUUCUGGCGUCAGGAUGUCCAGGAGGGCUCUGUUCAGGAGCGAGUCCCAGGGCUUGUUGGUUCCUCGCAAGCACGAUGAGCCCACUCAUCGGGCAAACUGGGUCUCCUCCUUCGAUGUGGGGCAAAGUGCUGCGACUGCGAGCAGAGAUGAAGGCAACAGACUGCUGAGAGCAAAGGAGGACAAACACCUCUCGUCCACCGCCAGCCUUUUUAACCUCUCCUGCUCUCAGAGCCUAGACAGCAGCUGUCAUUCCCUCUCGCCUCUUUCCUCUCCCUCCUUUUCUCCAUCCCCACCACCCAGGCUGGCCCUCCAACGUUCUCGGUCCUUGAGGGACUUGGGGAAACGAGUCUUUGGGUCCAUGAGGUCCUUAAGUCUCAAACAGAAAUCGUCUAAAAAAUGACAUUUGUUCAGCUGCCGAAUGUAAAUGUGAUUAAGUAGUGCUUUUGGCCGAGAGACUACAGGUUCUCCCAUCAACCACUCAUUAGAUGGACAUUCCUCUCAGGCACAUUAAUCCAUAUAAUGUAUUGCUUCAAAAAGUGUCUUUCAGUCCAAUUCGAAGGCGGGGGCAACUUUAUGACUGCACUGCAUCUCUAAUUAAAUAAAGUGAUGCAGCCCGGGAGUGUUUGCCUUAAGAAGAAUGUGAAUUAGAAGGGUCUGGAGAUGCAAUCCUGUGUACAUUUUUGUGAAGUGGUUUGGAGCACUAAUUUAGGCAAUAGUAGAUACGGUAGUAGUCAAAAGGUAGGGGACAUUAUUGUAUUGGUUAUAGAAACAUGACUGCUGUACCUCCUGAGUAUGAAUGUACUGUAUAUGUGUACACUGGUCUGCAUGCUGCUCUGUGAUCAGCUAUUGUCAACAUAUUGUAUUCUUCUUUUAUUAUUGGAAAUCAUGCCUCUGAAGUACAAUCAUACCGGCCAAAUGUUGACCAAAACCAAACCUAUCUUGCAUUUGCUCAGGAUUUUGAAAAUGUUGAGUAACUAAUUGCCGCUUCAAAUGACUCAAAGCAUUAAUGAAAUAAACGCUGGAACAAAGAAAACCUUGUAUCAAAUACACACACAACCUAUAUUGACAUUUGUUUGACAGCAGCGGUGGCUUGAGCAGAAUUUAUUGGUUUAAAAAGUAGAUUAGUUAAGAAAGCACAAAUUCAACAGUGUGGUGCAUGAAGUCUCCGUUUUUAGGUUUCCAAGGCAGCUCUGUGGACUGAUCUUCGCAGCUAAACCCAAGUUCUCUGUUGCUAGGGAACACCAGAUUUGGUCUUCACUUCAAAAACUUGACUUUUCCCCCUCAGUUUAAACAUACUAUUACUUCUGUGCCUCUCUCACCUCUCACACGAUGACAUCAGUGCAUUCAGGUUUUCAUUACAGUGUUGCUCUGUUGAACUUGAACAAAGUCCCCUCCUGCAUCUGUGGGGACUCCAGAGUCGCUCUUUGUGCUGGAAG